UUCAUUAUAGUUCCCAACUAAACCUAGUAGUCUGCACUUAAGGCCAGUAAUUCUGACACUUGUCUCUCACUACUGAAUCAGAGAUCCUCGUGAUGAUCACAUGCAUACAAAUAUCAAACUAACUCACACUUCUUCUUUCACUGAAAUUCACAUUUUUCAUACCAGUUUUCCACGUUCUUGACCUAACAUCUGUCGAAUUCCGACGAUCUUUUUGUUGUGUCAAAUCAAAUUUUCAGUUUCUUUCAGAAUCUUGGAUCUUGAAUAAAAUUCUGAUUAGGUCUUUGUUUGAUUUGAUUUUGUGAUUUUGUGAGAGCUAUUUAGUUUUAAUUUUUGACAAAUAAAGUGUUUUUCUGAUCUGGGUUAUAGUUUAUUAAUUGUCUGGGGCCUAAAUUUGAGGUGGAUCAGUGAUUUGCAGUGUAAAGCCAUUACCUUUUUUAGUUCUUUUUUCUUAAUCAAUAUUCAAGAUUUUUGGUGGGGGCUUUCUUGCGAGAACUGGGAUCUUUAAAUAAAGGCAUUUUAGCCUUUUAUAUUCGGUGUGCACGUGUACUGAGAUCUUAGGAUUCCAUAGCCAGUGCUUUUUGCAUAAUCAAUUCUAGAAUCUUUGCUUAAUUAUUUAGGAUUUAAAAAUGGAUUCUUGCUGUAUGGCCAUGAAAGCUAAAGUGCAACCAAUGCAAACCAAUAACCGUUUUAGCCAUGAGGGAAAUGGAUUCUGGGGGGAGAAAAUCAGAGGGAGUUUGAAAAAUAAUGCUUUUCGGAAACUGAUUUCGCAGAAUUUGAGUGAAAACAGGGGAAAAGAUUUCAAGCCUGGAGUUGCAUUUUCGGUUUUGACACGCGAUAUCAACAAAGAGUUGGUGGCAUUUGAAGCACCAUUCUUUGAUGAUCCUCGAAAGGCAGAUCCAAAAACUGUGGCUUCAAUAAUUCUUGGUGGGGGUGCCGGGACCCGGCUCUUUCCUCUUACCAGCAAGAGAGCUAAACCUGCUGUUCCAAUUGGAGGCUGUUACAGGCUAAUUGAUGUACCCAUGAGUAACUGCAUCAACAGUGGGAUACGGAAUAUUUUCAUAUUAACUCAAUUCAACUCUUUCUCCCUUAAUCGCCACCUUGCUCGCACGUAUAACUUUGGAAAUGGUGUGAAUUUUGGGGAUGGAUUUGUGGAGGUUCUAGCUGCCACUCAGACACCAGGGGAAGCAGGUAAGAAGUGGUUUCAAGGAACAGCAGAUGCCGUGAGGCAAUUUAUAUGGGUGUUUGAGGAUGCUAAAAAUAAAAAUGUUGAACACAUUCUUAUCUUGUCUGGUGACCAUCUUUACCGAAUGGACUAUAUGGACUUUGUUCAGAGACAUAUUGACACAAAUGCUGACAUUACGGUUUCAUGUGUACCCAUGGAUGAUAGCCGAGCCUCAGACUAUGGAUUGAUAAAAAUAGAUGAAUCUGGACGUAUCACUCAAUUUGCUGAGAAACCAAAGGGCUCUGCUCUGAGAGCAAUGCAAGUCGAUACCUCUGUUCUCGGACUUUCUGAACAAGAGGCUCCAAAAUAUCCUUAUAUUGCGUCAAUGGGAGUUUAUGUGUUCAGAACUGACGUCCUAUUAAAGCUUCUACAGUUGAAGUAUCCUUCAUGCAACGACUUUGGCUCAGAGAUCAUUCCUUCGGCUGUGAAAGACCACAAUAUUCAAGCAUAUCUCUUUAGCGACUACUGGGAGGAUAUUGGAACGAUAAAGUCUUUCUUCGAUUCCAACUUGUCACUCACAGAGCAGCCUCCAAAGUUUGAUUUUAAUGACCCGAAGACACCUUUCUAUACGUCUCCAAGAUUCUUACCCCCUACUAAAGUUGAAAAAUGCCGGAUAGUUGAUGCAAUAAUUUCACAUGGUUGCUUCUUAAGAGAAUGUAGCGUCCAGCACUCUAUAGUGGGAAUAAGAUCACGCUUGGACUAUGGUGUUGAGCUCGAGGAUACCAUGAUGAUGGGUGCAGACUAUUAUCAAACAGAAUCUGAAAUCGCGUCUCUUCUAGCGGCAGGAAAGGUUCCAAUUGGCGUGGGACGCAAUACCAAAAUAAGGUACGAACAGCGUCGGGCGCUUUCUUUUCCUUUCCCAUGCUUGUUUCUCUAUAUGCAUAAACUUCAAUUUCUAGAUCAAUAUGUGCAUAUUAUCCAUAAAGCAUCAUUAACAAUAAAUUCGUCUGCAUUGCUUCAGCCACAGCUAAACAAUCUCAUAGGAUGUGGGUACUACUUUAAGGAGAGUGACUUUUGGACUGUUAUUAUUAAUAAUGGACUGUAG